ACCGCUUUUGGCUCAUGAUGCUCGCCCUUUCUCUCUUCCCCACCACCUACUCGCCGCCGAGCAGCCACGAGCUCGCGGCCGUGGCGCCGACACUGCUCGCACUCGUCGAGCGCGCGGUCUCCGAACCCGAGGCGCUCGCGGCGGAGCUUUCGGAAUCGCCUUUGGCCGCGAUCGCGCCGACCUUUGCGCUGCCCGACGUCGCACCGACAGACCCGGCGGCGGCUGGGGACCUGCCCAUCGUGGUGACUCACGGCAUGGGCGACUCUUGCUUCAACCCGGGCAUGCAGUCGGUGGUGGCGCUUGCAGGCAAGACGCUCGGCGUCGAGGCUGUAUGUGUCCCAACGGGCGACAAUCAGGCAAGCGACACGAUCAACGGCUUUCUGAUGAACAUGGACAAGUCCGUCGAAGCCUUUGCCAAGCGCGUCCAGUCCGACAAGCGCCUCUCGGGCGGCUUUGACGCCUUCGGCCUCUCGCAGGGCAACAACAUCAUCCGCGGCUACAUCGCGGCGUACAACGACCCGCCCGUCCGCAACUUUCUGUCGAUCUGCGGGAUCAACGCGGGCGUCGCCGCCUUCCCGCACUGCGCCCCCUCGACGCCCGUGCUCGGCAGCAUCUGCGAGGCGCUGACCGAGGUGCUCGGCAAGCUCGCGUACAACCCGAUUGUGCAAGACAUCCUCUUCCAGGCAAACUACUUUCGCGACCCGACGCGCCGCAACUCGAGCGAGUACCUGUCGCACUCGCGCCUCGCCCUCUGGAACGGCGAGCGGCCCGGCGUCGACAUGAGCGCGCGCAAGGCGCGGUGGGCAAAGGUGGAGCGCUUCGUCUGGGUGGAAGGCUCGCGCGACUCGAUGGUCUGGCCACGGCAGGGCGAGCAGUGGGGCGACGUGCCCUCCGGCUACCCGAAGCAGCUCUCGCCCGUGCCGUACAACGAGACGCGCUGGUACACCGAGGACACCUUCGGGCUGCAGACGGCGGGCAAGGCGGGCAAGAACUUCUUCGAGUCCUUCGACGGCGACCACAUCCGCUUCACCAGCGCCGAGCUGCAGGGCUGGCUCAAAAAGUACUUCAAGUGAGCCGCGUGUGCGAAGGUUUAGAAGGUCUCGCUCUCUGUGGACGCUGGAUCCUCGCGGCGGGGGCGCUGGGGUGUGCAGCACUGGAUGGUGGGACGCGUGUGGACUGUAUGUUGAGCUUGUGGGGGGUCUAUUCUUUUGAGGUUACAAAAAUCGAAGUUUGGGGC